GGUGUUCCAUGUUGAUCCAGCAGGGGGCAGAAACUUCACGUGCCUUCAUUUGAGGCGUUUGUUUUGAUGGCAGAGGACACGCCGGGGGGGCGGGGGCGGGGCUUACAGCACUCGGUAUCCUCCCGCCUCACUCACACAGCGACACUAACAGCUGCUGAGACGGACACUCACCUGAACCCGUCGCCGUCGCACGCACAGCAGUAAGAAGGAUGAAGAAGAAGGGGGAGCUGGUGGAGGGGGACAGUACCACACUCAUCGACAUGGAAACCAAGCCGGAGAACAACUACGGCAGUAUCACCAUGUUGUUUACAGAUGUAAAGAUCAGACAUGCUGAUUCAGUUCUUAUUUCCCAGAAUGCACCUUGUCAGCCUCCGGACUGCAAUGUGUUCAGCGACGGAUCGACUCGAGUCGAUUUUGUGUUGGUGUGGGAGGAGCCACUGAGCUCUCAGAACGAGGAGAGUGCAGGUGUAAACCCUGCCCACCUGAAGUGGAGGGGGCAGUUUCUGAGAAGACUGAAACGCGCCGGACUGCUGCAGGAACAGAAGAAAGUCGUUCAGGCGAAGACGAGGGUUUGCUUCGUCCUCCUCAGCGCACCGUGGAGCGUCCUCUGUUACUACGCCGAGGAGAUCAACCUGCGAGUCCCUCUGCAGGUGGUCAACUCUCCGAACCUUACCUGGUCUGAACAGAUGUUGUCCCGGCUGUCCCUCCCCAACCCUAUGCUCCAGGAUGUCCCCAACCCCCCACCCUGCUUCUACACCUGUGAGUUCAGGACCAACAAGCUGCAGAGGUUUCUGGGCAGCGACAACGAAGAGACGUUUUUCAAGACGACUCAGAGACACCAGGUGCUGUAUGAGAUUCUGGCCCGGACUCCGUAUGGUUCUGUGAGCAAGGGGCAGGUAGGAAUCGACCGGCUGCUGAGUGAGCAGGUGUUCACUGACGCCUACCCGCUUCACGAGGGCCGUUUCAAGCUGCCGACCCCCCAGAUGUCGCCACAGUCUUUCAGUGUCAGACAGAUCCUGUAUGCGUACUGGGCCAAGUGGUCCUGCUGGACCCGCUACCAGCCCCUGGACCACAUAAGGGAGUACUUCGGAGAGAAGAUCGCACUUUACUUUGCCUGGCUCGGUUUCUACACUGCUUGGUUGGUCCCGGCGUCUCUCGUUGGGACUCUGAUCUUCCUGUUUGGUCUUUGGCUUAUGUUCACUGAUGUUCCAGCGAAGGAGGUUUGUGAGAGUGGAGGCAGCUUUGUCAUGUGUCCGACCUGUAACAUCUGCUCUACCUGGAACUACUCUAGCAUCUGUCUCACCUACAAGGCAGGUAUUCUGUUUGAUAAUGGAGGAACAGUGUUCCUCAGUGUCUUCAUGUCUCUGUGGGCCAUCACCUUCCUGGAGUACUGGAAGAGAACGUGUUCGGCUCUGUCUCACCGCUGGAACUGCUCUGAAUUCGAGGACAUCGAGGAGCGACCUCGUCCGGAGUUCACGGCCAUGGCACCGAUGACCAUGAGGAACCCGGUGACCGGACUAGAGGAACCUUACUUCCCUGAAAACCAACGAUUCAACAGAACUUUAAGUGGCUGCAUGGUCAUCGUCGUCAUGAUCACUGCGGUGUUGAUAUGCCUCAUCGCCAUCAUACUGUACCGCUCCAUCGUCGGCAUCAUCAUCUAUAAGUCCAGCAACAGCUUCGUCAGCUUCUCAGCUGGGAAAAUCGCCAGUAUUACGUCAUCAGUGUUGAACCUGUUGCUCAUCCUCAUGUUGUCCAGGGUUUACUUUGCUCUGGCCCACAUCCUCACCCGCUGGGAGAUGCAUCGCACGCAGAACAAAUAUGAAGACAUGUUCAUCCUCAAAGUUUUCAUCUUCCAGUUUGUCAACUUCUACUCGUCUCCAGUUUACAUUGCCUUCUUCAAAGGCAGGUUUGUCGGUUACCCUGGAAACUACAACACUCUGUUUGGAGUUCGCAAUGAAGAUUGUGGAGCAGGUGGAUGUCUCAUUGAACUGGCUCAGGAGCUGCUGGUCAUCAUGGUGGGAAAACAGCUGAUCAAUAACAUCCAGGAGUUCAUCGUCCCGAAGUUGAAAUCAUGGUGGCAGAAGAGGAGGAUGAGUCCGCGGCUGAGGGAGGUGAAGGUGGAGGGAGGGGAGGAGACUCAGAGGGCGGAGGUCUCUCCCUGGGAGGCGGACCACCAGCUGCUGGAGUGCGAGGGACUCCUGAGCGAGUACCUGGAGAUGGUGAUUCAGUUUGGGUUCAUCACCAUCUUUGUGGCGGCGUGUCCUCUCGCUCCUCUCUUCGCUCUCAUUAAUAACUGGGUAGAGAUUCGACUGGACGCUCAGAAGUUUGUGACUGAAUAUCGCCGCCCUGUGGUAGAGCGAGCUCAGGACAUCGGCAUCUGGUUACCCAUCAUGCAGUUCAUCACACAUGCGGCAGUCCUCACCAACGCUUUCCUCAUUGCAUUCACCUCGUCCUUCCUGCCUCGUCUGUACUAUCGCUACACCAGAGACAGAACACUGAGCGGCUUCGUCAACUUCACACUGGCAACAUCGCCAGGCAACUACAGCAGAGAACAAUCUGCCCCCUGCAGGUAUCUGGGUUUAAGGGAUGAAAAUGGUGAAUACCGCCCAGAGUACUUCCACCUCCUCGCCAUUCAACUCUCUUUUGUUAUCAUCUUUGAGCAUGUGGUCUUCUUCAUUGGCCGUCUGAUCGACAUGAUGGUCCCUGACAUCCCAGAGGAGGUGGAGAUAAAGAUAAAGAGGGAGCACUACAUGGCUAAAGAGGCACUGGCAGAGAACCGGACUGUGGGGAAAACCAUGAUUCCUGGUGAGCGGGACGCCCUUUCCAGCAGCCUGCGACAGCGUGGAACUAGACCCUCACCACCACUGAAGAACGAAUCCCCUCCACCAAACCUGAAGGAGAUCCCAGAGGAAACAGACUCAGACUCUAGACAGCAGCUUAGAUGAAGUACAAGAGGACUCUGUCCUGGAUUUCAUCCCCUUAUCUCAAUAUCCACCUAUAUCCUGACAGACCUACAACACCACUCUGAGACCUCUACAAGAACUGUGUUGACUCCUUAUAGGUCCUCCAAGAUCUUUUGCAGAACCUGCAAGAGGUAGAAAAUACAGAGAUAUAAGACCUAGCUCUACAACAAUUUCAAUACUUUUUCUUGAUAUCUAAAAGAUCUACCAGACCUCUGCUAGAGUUCGACAGGACAGACUUCUAAAACUCUACAAAAUCUACAUGUGUUGUAUUGAACCUCUCCAUAUCCUACGAGCAAAGGGCCCAAAAGACCUACAAGAUGUCUGUGAGAGCUGCACUUGAGCUAAACUUGAAGAACAUCUCAAUACAAGAUCUACGAGACCUCUGCUCAACAUCUAAAAGAACUACAACAGGAUCCGUACAUUUUCAUCAAGAACUGUGGAAGAGGCUGACAAGACCCACAGGAUGUUUGCAGGUUCUCUGCAAGACCUACAACCCCAUAGUUGAAUCUGUGCACAAGUCCUCUCUUAGAUGUGUACAAGAACUACAGGAGUGUUGUUAUGUCCCUACAUGUCAAAACAUAGAUGAAAUCUCUACAUCUAGACCUUUUCACGAACUACAAUAUUUCUGGUUGAUGUCUACAAACUCUUCUUAUAAUGUGCUGAGUCCUUACAGGUCCUACAGCAGCAAUGCAAGAGGUCUAUUAGACCAACAAGGUGUCUGAAUUAUCGUUCAAUAGCAGCAGAUGUGUGCAAGAAUGAGAAGGAUUCCGUAAGACUCCUGCAAAAUGUGCAAGACCAUCGCUAGAUCUGUACAAGAGCUCAAUGAGAUGGGCAAGAGUCCUGCUAGAUCCCUGCAAGUAAUAUGGGGUUUGAGUUGAACUUAUCCUACAAGAGCUCCACAAGAAUUAUUUUCCAUGUUUUGCCAGUCCAGUGAAAACACUGUACUUUUGGUCAUUGAUACAGUGCCCCUCUGUUUUAUUACACAUGAGCACAUUUAAACCCAUCAUUUGUUUUGUUUACCAAAUAUGAUGAUGCAGACACGGUUGCUUAGCAAUUAUGACCAAUUCAGUGUACACACAUAAGCGUUAUUUUUUCUAAGUUCACUGCUUAUACUAACAUCUCCU